AUGGGCCCCAAAGUUCUGUUAUUCAUUUGCCUUGCAGCGCACGUCACCUUCACCGUCAAGGCGGGUCCGGCGGGUUGCGCUACCGGAUCCACGAGCAUCGACGGAAAUUGCCAAAAACGCCUGCCUGAGCUUUUCAACCACAAGGCGGCCAUCGCUGCCUGCGCGCAGCUCGACGCCAUCCUUCCCGAAAUCCUCUCCGCUCAGGAAAACUCAGCUGUCCACGCCAUGCUUCAACUUGAGGCCUUGCCAAAGGAGAGCGACAGUAUCCGGCUCGGGGCUGUCCGCAAUGGUCAAGGAAAACUGGACUUCGGGUGGACAAGCAAGGCGCCGAUGACAUACAAGAAUUUCAAAGAUGACGAGAUGGACAACAAGGGAGAUUGGGAGGAUUGUUUGAAUGAAAUCCCGUACCGUAGUGGGAUUAUUAGUCGCGUUAGC